AGAUGAAAACAAAAAAUCCGAAAUUCUACUAGUAAUAAAAAUUUCAUUCUACUAUAAAAAUGGUUGGAUAUGAUCAUUCCAUGCAUGCACACAUACAGAAUACAAUACCCACUACAUUACGUCCAUACCUGAGGCCUCUGUAGUUGUAAGUAACUCCAUUUUCAGCAAGAAGAAUCAAUGGAGGCUGAUACGGAGACGAAGGAAUCUGAAGUGGUAGAAAACCAGAACAGGGCAAUCGUUGAGGAGCUAUACAAAGCACUAUCUGAAGACAAUGCAGGGAUGGUGGCGAAACUGCUGGCCAGUGACCUGGAAUGGUGGUUCCAUGGACCGCCCAGAUGCCAACACAUGAUGAGGAUGUUGACGGGUGCGUCAAGCCGUGCUGAGUUCAGGUUCGAGCCAAGAAGCAUAGAGGUGAUCGGUGAGUGCGUCAUUGCAGAAGGGUGGGAGGGUGCUCAGGCAUACUGGGUUCAUGUAUGGACCUUGAAAGAUGGGCUAAUCACCCAGUUCAGAGAAUACUUCAAUACAUGGCUUACUGUCACGGAUUUUAGGUCACCGACAUGGGAAAUUCCCCACGUUACUACACUCACAUUGUGGCAGAGUCAACCCCGAGAUCUUGCUCGCCGCUCUCUCCCUGGACUUGUGCUUGCUAUCUAGAUUAUAUAUUGAACUAUUUCUCAGCCUGUUGUAA